CUGUAGCACACUCACCGGCCCUGGAGCGGCGUUUGGGCACCUUUGGUGGUGCCAGCUUGGUGUAGAGAAGCAUUGUCGAGACUCGCAAGCUGUUUGCUAUGACCGUCUAGUGGUUAUGGCUGGUCAGAUGUUGCCAUUCAUCGUCGUGGGUGCACCCAGAGUUGUGGAGGCGGGUUGCCGCGGGGCCGCGGCACAUGCAAUUCGUCGAAAGAGUGGUCCUGUCACAUGUACGAGGUUGACUUGUACGGUUUGUGAUUCUGACAGGUUGGUUGCGGCGCGAAGCGGUUGCUCGUGGGGACAGUGGGUGUUUCGGUGGGAGCGCGGUAGAGGGUCCGAAUAAUGGUGAGCAAGGCAGCGGCCGAGGGGAAAACAGGAUGAGGGCGUUGACGGCGGUGGGCGACGCUAGGUUUUUG